AUGGAAGUGCAGAAGGAGGCGCAACGCAUCAUGACCCUGUCGGUGUGGAAGAUGUACCAUUCGCGCAUGCAGCGCGGUGGCCUGCGGCUGCACCGGAGUCUGCAGCUGUCGCUGGUCAUGCGCAGCGCCCGGGAGCUCUACCUCUCGGCCAAGGUGGAAGCCCAGGAGCCCGAGGUGCCCUUGCCGCCCGCCCGCUGCCCUGACCCUUGCCUGCACCCGCCGCGGGAAGCGGAAGCCGCAGCAGAGGUAGCGCCCUGCGACGGUGAGCAGCCCUCUCCGGAACCCAUGGACACGCAGGAGACACCGAGAGCGGAGGAGACCCCUGCCCGCAGUGCCCAGCGCCCCGCCAAAGUCAGCCGCAAGCGGCGGAGCUGCAGCCUGAGCGACGGUGGGGACGCUGCACUGGUCCCGAGUAAGAAAGCCCGCCUAGAAGAGGAGGAGGAGGAGGAGGAGGAAAGGGCCUCUUCGGACGUCCUUGAUCGCCUGCAGCCCCCUCCGGCGCAAGCGGAGGGUGCCUUCCCCAACCUGGCGCGUGUGCUGCAGAGGCGCUUCUCCGGCCUCCUGAACUGCAGCCCCGCCGCGCCCCCGACGGCGCCGCCGGCGUGCGAGGCGAAGCCGGCUUGCCGCCCGGCGGACAAUAUGCUGAACGUGCUGGUGCGGGCCGUGGUGGCCUUCUGA